AUGAUCGUGUCGUUAAUACUUUUCAAAGUUGCAGUAUCAAAGAAAAACAACAAAUUUGGUUAUGGCAUCGUCGCUUGGGACACCCGUCAUUUGGCUACCUUAAGCAGUCAUCGCACUGUGUUUCCUUUGAGUGACAGUAAAGCUGCAAAGCCUUUUGAUUUAGUGCAUUAUGAUGUGUGGGGUCCGGCUCGCGUUACUUCAAACGGGUUUCGUUGGUUCGUCACAUUUAUUGAUGAUUGUACCCGACUCACUUCGGUUUUCUUGUUGAAAAAUAAACAUGAUGUUGCUUCCAUCCUUCCAGAGUUCUGUACUAUGGUGUCUACUCAGUUUCAUGCUCAAGUCAAAGUAUUCUGGACUGAUAACGGAGGUGAAUAUAAUGGUGUGUCUGAAAGCAAGAAUCGUCAGUUACUUGAAGUUGCCCGCUCCCUUAUGUUGGAUAUGUCUGUUCCCCAUCAUCUUUGGGGGCAUGCUGUUUUAUCUAUUGCAUAUUUGAUUAAUCGUACUCAUAGCCGGGUUCUUGAUUUCAAGACUCCACAUGAUGUGUUUGGUGACCAUGUUUCCUCUGUCUCAGUCUCCAAGUUGCCCCCUAAAGUUUUUGGGUGUGUUGCCUAUGUUCAUGUCUACUCUCAUCAGCGGAGUAAACUUGAUCCUUGUGCUCUGCGAUGUGUCUUUAUGGGUUACUCUUCUACUCAGAAAGGUUAUAAGUGCUAUCAUCCACCUACCCAGAAGGUGCAUGUUAUUUUGGACGUGACUUUCCAUGAAGAAGUGCCCUAUUAUGUCUCUCCUUCCUCUCCAAUUCAGGGGGAGAUGGGGAGUGAAUUAGAGAGUCUUGGAUUGGAGAAUGAUGUGUUUGAAGAUACUGCUCUCAGGAAGAAAACGACCUAUCGCACUGAACCAAGUGACCGGCUGCCCAUAUAUGAAGAUGGAACUUGUGAUCAAAUAUGCAACAGAUAA